UCCGAGGCGCGCCGGUUCCGCUUCCGAAUUUCAAAAAUCGAACGCCGAUGUAAACAAAUGACCGUUUUUAAAUUGGAACGCUAUUUUGAAAUUUUAGAAUGAGAGGAUUCUAUUGGGCGAUCUUCUUUUGUUUUUCUCUUUGCAUUGCUUUUACGUGUUUUUUAUAAUGAGGACUGUUUUGUGCUUAGUUGUAUAUUAAUUGUGUGCAAGAUGUGUGUGUGUCGGUGUGUUGUGAUGUGUGUUUUGUUUAUGUUGGUGAUUGUGUCUGUGGAAUCAAGUUUAAUUCAAGUUGGCGAUGUAGCACACAAUUAUACGAGCUACCCCUGCACAGACCAGUACCACCUGGUGCUAAUUCCUGGAGCCCUAACCGCUGGUAGCAGCAACAGAGCCUGUGUGUCUAGGUUCCAUCCCGACGGUCCAGCUCACGUCACACUGACCUUGAGAGCUGAGGAUCAGGAGACUAAAGCUACUAGAGAUCUCCCACCUGGCGAUGGAGGCUGCCUGGAUCUACCCGUUCCUCUGCAACCGAAUACCAAAGCAGAGUUCAUUGUAAAUGUCAGAUACCCAGAACUCUGCACUUGGGAACGCCGGCUCACACUCCGGAUAUCCAGCGGCAGAGUCAUCGUGUUACAUACCGAGAGGGCCCGGUAUAGGCCAGGGGACACCAUUCGCGCCCGAGCUUUAGUGCUUAAAGCGGAUCUGGCACCAGUUCAUGGCAGUAUCGAAGAGAUGUGGCUGGAAGGUCCGCCAGGUGCGUGGGAAGGAACUCGAGCAGCUCAGUGGAACCGCGUUCGAACCCGGCUUGGCUUCGGGCAGAUUCAGCAUGAGCUAGAUGCUCAAGCACCACCUGGACGGUGGACGCUGAGGGCUAAAUUGGAGGAUGGGUCACAGGGUUCUACAGAGUUCAUAGUGGGGAACUACGAGAUACCACCAUUUCAGCUGAGCGUGAAACACGCGGCCAGGGUGCUGAGAACCAGCGAGCGACUUGUCUGGACUGUGUGUGUUAGGUAUCCAUGGACGGAAGCAGUAGAAGGUAUGCUAGUGAUCCGCCUCCGCGGAGCUGGAGUCAACUUCUCCACAGACACAACUCCAGGCGUUCGGACGGCAGUCCGACUGCGCGCCCCGAAGGCUUGCCACAGACAUGCAGUCGCUGCGAGAAGGAUAGGCUUGGAUGGGGGCAACCCCCCUGAUGUUGUUGUUGCUGACUUCUCGUUUCAGGAGGAGGGUACGAGGAUAUGGCAGAACACGACGGUAGUCUCUCAAGUGGUCGACAAAGCUGUCACUUUGCAAUUUCUUACCAAGCACCGAGUGGUCCUAGCUCCAGGAUUGCCUUACAAAUUGAAGAUAAAAGCAACUCGCUGGGACGACAAGCCAGCAGCAAACGAGCAUGUCCGCCUAUGUCGUUCAGCGGCGGAUCGCUCCGAGACUUGUGACGACGCCGUGACGGACGGCAGAGGCGUCGCCAGGGCCAUGUUUACUGUGGACGAUAAUGCCAACGCUUUAUACAAAUUUGAGGCAACCCUCAAAAAUGACAGCAGCACAGCAGCGCCCCCACUUUACUUGCCAGUCCGAAGAACAGGAUCUAUCCAUGCUGCACUUGGGCCCCUGCGCGGUGACACUAACGCCAGGAGCUUCGUACCACUCUACUUGAGCAAGGACGUUGAUACAUCACUGAGCGUGCAUUUUGUGGUCAUAACCCGCGGCGGCACCAUCUACCGUUGGGGCGUGACCACCCAAUGCCCAAUAUCCUCAUCAACCAAUCAAAUUCACGCUGCGUCAAGAAACAGCAAAUGCCCGCACCAAUCCCAGCGUAGCAGUGACUUACAGACCAAGCAAUUUCACCUAUCAGCGAACAGCAGUGGUUUCAUCCACCAAUCCGAAGGCAUCCUGGAUAGACAUUUGCUGAGAGUCAUGCUGCCGAUUAAAAUGACGCAUCAGAUGUGCCCCGACAGUCAUUUGGUGGCGUACUUUUAUUAUAGAGGAGAGCUGGUCAGCGCUGUCAAGCAUAUUGAGAUGGAAGAGUGUUUUGUUAACAAGGUAGAACUAGCCUGGCUCUCCCGCCAAGUAGCUCCUGGCGCCAGCGCCUCUCUCUCCAUAACUACCAACGAGCUGGCCCUCUGCGGCCUCUCCGUUUUGGACUCGGCCUCGCGCUGGCUAGCCCCUGUGCCGUCAGCUAAGGAGUCCAUUAUGGAGCGCUUGAGGAGUAUUAUUGAGAGUCAUAGGAAUUUGACGGAGUAUGAUGCUAGCGGAAAAUGCUACCUGACAUCAGACGAAGAAUCGCCACCGUCCAGCUCCAUCCUCACGCACUUGGCAGAAGGUGGCGUGCGCGUCGCGGGCGGCGUGAUGCACGCAUGCGCGCCAGCCCCCGCGCCGGCGCCGCUGCGCGAACAAGUGCAGCCUAGGACGGACUUCUCUGAGGCCUGGCUGUGGCGUUUAGUGGCUGUUGGCGUGAACGGGACAGUGAUAACCAGUGCACGGGCCCCGGACUCCAUUACACGGUACGAGGCCACAGCGCUCUGCGUGUCGAGGAACGGCCUCGCUGUGUCGCCACCGGCCUCUAUACAGGUUUUCCGAGAAUUCUUUAUCCAUGCAGAUGGACCGAAAAGACUGAAACGAGGGGAUUCGACUAUUAUUCAAUACCGCAUCUUCAAUUACCUUUACGAGUCCCUUAAUAUCGAGAUUCAAGUACUAGCCGACCCGCACUUGGAAGUCCCAGACCGUCCCGAGGUGGCGGCGAUGCCAGCUCGUGCGAGCGUGACGCGACGCGUGACGCUGCGUGCGGCGUUGCCAGGCUCAGCUCGCCUUGCUAUACGUGCGCGUGCCCCUGCUCAAGGAGUUAGUGAUGAGAUAAUAAUCCAGAUACAAGUGGAUCCAGAAGGUGUUCCAGCUCAAGACUUUCAUUCCGCUCUGCUUUGUGGACCAGGUAGUGAAGUAUCCAGUACGUCCGAAGUGUCCUGGUCAUGGCCCAAGGUUGAAGCUAUACCCGGCUCUGAAUCCGUCACCGUUUGGGCCAUAGGAGACAUUGCUGGACCAUUGCUUGCGGAUGCAGACUCCCUAGUACUACUACCGCGAGGUUGCGGAGAACAGAACAUGGCUCGACUUGCCACCAACCUUCUGGCCCUCAAACAGCUGGACCCUAAGAGCCCAGCAGCUUCGUCGGCCAAAGAACACGUAGCAAGAGGUUUCACUCGUCAGCUCCAAUACGCUCAUCCAUCGGGUGGGUUCAGCGCAUUCGGUUCCUCAGAUGAUCCAUCCACUUGGCUCACGGCCUUCGCUCUUAAAUAUCUCAGAAAAUCUCAUGAGGUGGUCUCCCCAGGAAUGCCACCGCCACCAGUGUUACGCCGCGCGGAACGUUGGCUGAUGUCGCAACAAAUGGAGAACGGCUGCUUCAGGAAUGAGGGGCAGGUGUUUCAUCGUGAACUGAAGGGUGGUCUCAACGAAGACGGUGAAAUCGCGAACGUAGCUCUAACGGCCUACGUCAUAACCUCCCUAGUGGAAGGGGUGUCAGAUCUCCCGUACAGAGUGCUGAAGAACACGCUCCACUGCCUCCGAGCGCUGCCGCCCUUGAAGACCAAGUCCCCGAACAGGGUCUACGCUCAUGCUGUGCUGGCUUACGCGUUCAUGAGGCUGAGGAGGUAUGAAGAGGAGUUAAGGAAAAGUAACGAGGCGAGCCCAGGGGUGGAGGGGUUGGAAGACGACGAGGAUAUCAGGGAGCUGGUGGAACUCAUGAGAAUGGCGAGGAGGACUGAAGAGUUAGUUUGGUGGGAGGCCAGCAGUCUGGCAACAUCAGUAGAAGCGACAGGCUACGCGCUACUAGCGCUCACGUCGUGUCCUCACACGCUGCGCGCUAGCUGCGCGCACGACGCCCGCGCCGCUACACGCUGGCUGUCCGCGCAGCGGAGAGCGCAGGGCGGGUUCGUGGCCACACAGGACACCCUAGUCGCCCUAGAAGCUCUAACAUCCUGGGCAGCGUCCCAGCCCCCUGGGCCAACGCACCUCACCGUCACUGUCAAGAGCGGGAGCGCAACAUCUAGCGUCCUGCUCACACCUGAAGCUAAAGUCCCGGAGUUCAUGAAGGUGGCAGUUGGGAAGCUGGAAGUGAAUGUGGAAGGGUCCGGAUGCGCGCUGAUACAGGCCACCCGCGCGUACCACACUCUAUCACCGGGAUCCAGCGAAAGUCUUCUAUCUGUACAGGUAUCCGUGCGCACCGACGGCGCUUUCAACUGUGACAACGACACCAAUUGUUUCUGCGCUGCUGUUGUUGAGGCGUGUGUGGUAUGGACGGGGGAAUUCCCAGAGAUGGCGUUACUGGACAUCACGCUGCCCAGCGGUUUCGGCGCCGACGCGGCGCUGCUCUACGCUCAGCUUCAAAAGACUGAUACACUUCUCCCUCGCAUCGAGUUGUCCCCAAGCGCUGGUCGCGCCACACUAUACCUAGCAGCGCGCGGUGGUCGUCUGCAUGGAGCUCAUCGAUGCUUCACCGUUCAUGCUGUAGGGCCUGCGGCGGCUACCAAACCUGCUUACGUCAGGGUUCAGGACUAUUAUGUACCAGCGCAUAAUGACACACAGAUGUACACGAUACCAGAAGAUUGUCCAUCAAGGAUCUCACAAAGGAGCAACGACUAUUUACGCUCAGACAACUUGUUCACCAAAUCCUUGUCAGAAGAUGGAGAAAUUCUGAUCAACGACGAAUUCACUUUCGAAGAUGUGCCUGAUGGCAUCCCUUUAGAAGAUCCUAUUUAUGAUAAUCUGACGAAAAAAGACGCAACAGAAAACAAAAAUGUAGAUGGAAAUAAACCCAGUAACAUAGAAGAAGAUAAUCUGUCAAAAAAAUACGAGACAGAAAAAGAAAAUAUACAAGAAGAUAAUCUGAAAAUGAUAGAUGAGCCUGAAAACAAAAAUAUAUCUGAAAAUGAUCCUAUUAACGUUGAAGAAGAUUCUCUGAAAAAGAAAGACGAGAAAGAAUAUAAACAUACAAAUCCACAAACCAGUGACUUAGAAGGAAAUAAGGGAAGGAUACCCAAAUUAGAAUCUGAAAAUGAAAUCAUUAGGAUUGAUGAUAAAAUUGAAAGAAAUUUCGAUGACAUAGAAGACACUAACGUUAACCCAGGAAUAAAAUAUAAUAAUACAAGCAUUGAGAUAUCAGCUGAUGAUUCAGAAACUGAAGCUCAAUCUAAAGAAGUGAAAACUGAGCACAGAAUAGAAAUAAGAGACGAUACAAAACAAGAGGAACAAGUAGACAAUCCUAAGCUAUCUAGUUUCCAUGUCAUCAAUUCGGAUAAAGAUCUAGAUGUUCCUGAAGGGAUAGAAGGGCCGGUGCCAGUAUCUGUAUUGCCACCGCCGAAUUUCGUCUCGGUAACGCCUAAUACAGCACCUAACGCCUUCUCAUCAGUCCCAGUCAACCCAAAGGCAUUUUACAGCUACCCGCCUUACAGUUACUACGUUUUUUCCGAACCUAGGCAUAGAUACAUUUAUAAGCGAUAGACUGAUAGUUUUAAAUUGUGAAUCCGUGUUAUUAUUUAACUUGGCGCCCCGUGUGUGCCGUGUGUUAUUUUUCACCACACUAACUGGUAAUACCUCUCUUGAUUCUUCGAAAACAGAUAGAAAAAUUUUCAGCACAGUUGCCGUAGCCGAAUGGCAUUUCUCCAACGCGAAAUGAAAACGAAACACUG